CACUGAGUAGAAUUCCCUGGCAAAGCAGGUCGCCACAGCAGUGUUCCAAGCCUCCACAUAGCUGCUGUUUACCCUUCUGGAACAUGCUCUGCUGCCCUACUCUAGGUUUCCAUGGUAGACAGAACCUUAACACUACUAUCAGAACAUUAGAGAUGUGCAGACCUACUUGCAAAAUGGCUCAGAGGCCAAAAACUUAAACGAUACAUUUGAGAUGAGCAGUAGCUCCUAGUUUGGGUUGGAAUACUGUGAGGUGUUUGUGAGGAAAGCAUCAAGCCAGACAUGGUUAUCCUGUGAAUGGGUGGCUAAAGGACUGUCGAAGAGACAUACACUGUGGUAUUACCCAUCCAUAAAAUGCCAGGAGAGCCCUCAUUUCAAGGGAGUGGGAAGCACAGAAGGAGAUCACCGUGGCUGACUAGCACGAGGCUCUACUGAGGGACGCCAUGCUACAGAGAUGGUGCCUUGCGACUGUGACCCGCCGUGGGCUCAUGCUGGUACUAACAUGCAGUGGCCUGGUCCUCCUCCACCUGCUCUCCUGCAGCUUCAAAGGCUCUUACCCGAUUCACAGGCCCUCCUCCUGGGCAAACAGGCCUGUGAGUGAGCCUGAGUACCAGGUGCUGCUUCAGGAGCUGGAGGAGCAAUAUCAGCACUAUGUGCACAGCCUGACCAAGCAGAUAUCCCAGCUGAAAGAGGCUGUGGCCAUGAGGAGCAUACAGCUGAGAGAGUCACUGGGCCACUCAGUCACUGAGUUCCUACCAGAGACCGAGGGCAAUGCUUUAAGAGGCCAGCUAAGCCUGGAAGAGUUUCUGCAGAGCCAAUUGAAUCGUGCAGAGGUUCAUGCAGGAACCAAAGUGCCCAGUGAAUAUGCCCUGGUACCCUUUGAAAGUUUCACCCUCCAUAAGGUGUACCAGCUAGAGAUGGGGCUGAGCAGGUUUCCAGUGGAGAGACCUCUGCGUAAGGACCGCCGGCAUGAGCUCGUCAGCACCCUGGAGACAGCGUUACACAUGCUCAAUGCCCCCCGGGACAGUGAUGACCCCCAGCUGCGUAAAGUCUACUCCCCAUCUGAUUUCAUCGAGGGAAUCUACCGUACAGAGAGAGACCGUGGCACAAUGUACGAGCUGAUGUUUAAGGGAGACGGACCAGAGGACUUCAAGAGGCUAGUGUUCUUCCGGCCAUUUGCACCCCUGAUGCGGCUCAGGGAUGAGCAGAUGGACUUGUCUGGUGUGCUUGUGAACAUAAUUGUACCCCUGGCUAAAAUGGCUGACAAGUUCAAACGCUUCAUGGUUAACUUCAGAGAUGUUUGCAUCCGCCAAGAUGGAAAGAUACACCUAACAGUGGUUUAUUUUGGGAAAGAUCAGCUUGAAGAAGUGAGAAAAAUUCUUGAAAUGACAGCAAGAGAGACAAGCUUCAAGAAUUUCACGCUGAUACAGCUUAACGAAGAAUUCUCACGAGGAAGGGGCCUUGAUGUGGGGGCCCGUGCAUGGAAAAAAGGAAAUGUUCUCAUGUUCUUCUGUGACGUUGACGUGGUCUUCACUGCUGAGUUCCUCAAUUCUUGUCGCCUGAACGCUGAGCCAGGUAAGAAAGUGUUCUACCCAGUAAUCUUCAGCCAGUUCAAUCCUGUCUAUGUUUACGGCCAGCAUGCUGCUGUACCUCCCACUGAACUGGUAAUGAAAAAGGACACAGGAUAUUGGAGAGAUCUGGGCUUUGGAAUGACAUGCCAGUAUAGGUCGGAUUUCAUCAACAUAGGUGGGUUUGAUGCAAGCACCCGAGGCUGGGUGGUGGAGGACCUGCACCUGUACAGAAAGUACCUUCACAGUGAGCUGCUGGUGGUGCGGGCCACUUCGCGCAAUCUACUGCACCUGUGGCACCCAAGCACCUGUUCUGACGACCUGCCUGAGUGGACAUACCACUUAUGUCAGCAACGCAGGGCCACCAGUGAGGCCUCCCACAGCCAGCUGGGAAGGUUGCUCUUUCGCAAGCAGAUUGAGGAGCACCAGCGUCUCCAUGGCUUAUGAUGGUUGAAAGACAGGACGAGGCCUAUUGUCUCACCAUGGCAGCCCAAUUUUGCCCUUGAUUUUUCAACACUUUACAUAAUAGGUUGCAGUUGUAAUAAAAUAACAAUUAAAGAUUUCAUGCACAAAGAA